AUGAGUGCAGACUUGUCCCUUCCACCCAACCAGAUUCGAUCUGCAUGUAUACCUUCUCCUUGAACUUACUUCAAACAAUUUGCAGCUUUGGCUUGGGCGACCAAAUGCAUGCAGUCUCAACUGUCGGCCUUCGAAGAAUUCAACCUCCUUGUUGAUUGGUCUUCUGUGUAUUCAACGCUUUGUCCAUCAUAUCAGUCGGUCGUUUUAAAGACUUUUAGAGAUCUCUGGCUUAAGGUAUGUCCGUCCGGACGGCUUAUUUUUCUUGUUUGCAGGGCCAUAUUGUCCGAGAGCUGAAGCCGGUUUACUGGUCUUCUCGAACAAAGUAAGCUCUCGUUUACUAGAUUUUUUGGCAUUUGUAUAGCUCUGCGAUUUCAGAAUCAGAACUCGAAUACAAUCAGGAACACGAGAGUGUUUCUGUCUAUUUUUUAGUUAAGCUCCAUGGUUCAUUGCCGUUCACACCAGGUUUGUUUCGGAGGCGUACUUUAUUCCUGCUAGAAAAGUUCCGUUUGUAUCCUACAUUUAUCGUCGUCUGGACAACAACCCCUUGGACAAUUGUUGCCAAUGAGACAAUUGUUUUCAAUCCCUCAGAAAGGUACUGACACUGGCCUUGCUUAAUGUUUUUUCGUAGGUAUUCAGUCCUUCUAGAUGAACCAAAUAAGCGCCUACUUGUGGUCAGGGACUCUUCUGUCGACUCACUUAACAGUCUUGGUGGCCGUGGACCCUACCGCAGGAUUUCUGACUUACCUUCGGGUAUUUCCUGAGCGAAUUUAUUAUCUAACUUACAGGAGCCGUUCUUCAGGGUUGCACUUAUACUCAUCCCAUUCGUAGCUCCUCCGGCAAAUAUUUUCUUAGGGCUGCUGACUUUGUGGUCAAUAAGGGAACGGGUUUUGUCCAUAUCGCACCAGCCCACGGUCGGGAGGAUUUUGACUUCGCAAAACGCCACAACCUACCUCUUGUAAUACCUACCGCAUUUUACUCCACGUUUAAGUAUAUUUAAUUCUUCCUCUUAACCAAUUUUCUUCUGUUUCCUAGAAGAACUAUGUUGAUGAAGAGGCACGCUUUACUGCUGAUGCAGGUCAAAAGCUGGCCGGCCUAUCAGUCCAACAGGAGGGGACAUCCGCUAGUCAGUCUCUCUUCUUAACUCUUACUAUCAAACCUUGUUUCUUUAACUCCGCCUUUCCUUUCGUCCCCUCGUGUGUCCUGGUUUUAGGUGAACGGAAUUUCCAAGUCUUGUUUGAUCGUUAUAUUGCAGAGACGUUUUUAGCUUACUGUCCUUCCUGGUCGGCUUGCUUGUCAAAUAUCACUCCGUGAAGUAGUCUUUGCUUGUUGUCGUCGUCGUGGCUUCUGACUUCCGCCGUGCUCACUGAUUUAUAUACAUAUUUUUGACAAAUAUUGAAUGUGGAAACAUGCCCACCUCUUUACUGUUAAUGAAGCUCGGUUCGUGCAUCUGGUUGGCAUCAAGCAGUUCUAUCGAGCUUUGUCAUUGAAACCUUUACAGAAGUAGGCGGUAGCUCCAAGUAAACAGCAAAUUGAGGUCUGAUCCAUUCAAAUUUUUGAGGUUGCACUUGGCUUUUGACAGAUGGGCUUCUUGCGAUAUCUUCUGCGGGCAAAAUUUUCUUUUAUCGCAAGGAGUCAAGCCCAACCUCUUGUACUUUACACUGACGUUUCGCAGCCGCAUGUGGCAACCUUAUUGUAUCUGUGGUGUGGCGUGUGGGCUCUUAGGGCAGCGCUUGCUUGUUUAAGUCUGUUCCCAAUAAUGGUAGAUAAAACGAAUCACGGUUUUUUUAGAGGCAGUAGAAGGUCACCACCACAUAUGUGUCAAAACAGCAUGCAAAACUUCCGACAAUAGUGUGUUUUCCAUCCCAAUCUUUUUUCUGUUGUUCCUGAUUGAGUGGUUGAGCACUAGUUCUAUAGGAUUGUUUGCGCAAUACUAAUCGGGCUUUCUUGAAUUAUUUGUAGUGAAAUGUAUACUCUAUCGACCUAUGAUCAUUGCUCCCAUAUCUUUUUCUUUUUCAGUCAUAAAACUGUUGGGCGAGCAAGCUUUAACCACAGAGAAAGUCCGACACAGCUUUCCAUACGAAUGGCGCACAAAAAGACCUGUUAUUACCCGCCUCUCAGAGCAGUGGUUUAUUGACACCAACAAGCUGUGCGAACCGGCUAAAGUACGUCCAAUUAUAUCCUCUUCAGAUCUGUUUUCGUUUUCUAGGCGGCGUAUGCAAAUGUUAAGGUUUUCCCACCAGAUCUCAAGUCCAGCAUGAUGCCCUUUAUCGAAAAUCGACCCUUUUGGUGUAUUUCUCGGCAACGCAUCUGGGGAGUUCCCAUCCCUGUCCUUUACCGAAAAGAUACUCUGUCGCCUAUUGUCGAUCCGUACGUGCAACAUAACCCUUCUGGUUUUAUCCGUGUUUUCAGCCCCAGCCAACUCAUUCAGCACCAGACUGAUUCCCCCGGUUUAUUUGACUACUAACUCGUUAGGCCUAGCAUCAUCUAACACAAGCAUGAAAAGAAGCAGCCUUCUUCCUUUUCGCCCACUCCUAUGACUGGUGCAUGACUCAUUUUCGGUAAACUGAGCAUCAUUAAGUUGUCAAUCGUUGAUAGUUUGAUCCUACUCUAGUUGCAAGAUGUUGGCGAUUGGCGCAAGCCCCGUCAAGUUUGGAGCUUUUUAGGUGGCCUAAAUUACUCCGAAGGUCCAAGUAUUCUUUGGACCAGGAAUAAAGUGAUAGCAGUUUUUUUCCUGUAUCGUGCCUAGGUGAAUGAUUCUUGGACAUGGUAUCGUCGGAUAGUUUGCACCGUUUGUGAGACCUCCGUGUGUCGUUCUCUCAAACGCUGUUACUUCAAGUCGUAGUUUCAACUGAUAGUGCUUGUUUUUAUCCUCUUUAGGGAGUUCAUUACGAGCGUAGCUGACCGUGUCUCCUCUGAGGGUAGCGAGUUUUGGUGGUCGGAACCCAUUGAGGCGGUGGUGUCGAAGUCGUUCUUGCAUAAGGUGCGUUUCCAUGCGCGCUUAUACCUCCAAUAUCAUCAAUGGAUCUCUUGAAAUACAUCCUGUUUUCCGAUAAGUAAGGUCCUCUGCUUGCUUUCUUAGUGGUCGCUUUCAUCGAAGGAAGUUAUCAAAGGCACUGACAUAUUUGAUGUAUGGUUUGAGAGCGGCCUUUCCUGGAGAGCCGUCCUACCAAAGGACUGUAAGUUCUAAACGUCUUCUGUUGCAUGCACAUGGUGACCGUUCCGACCACGUCCUCUAGGGCGCUCAACUCUUGUUAUUUUCAGGUGUCGCCGACGUUUACCUUGAGGGUUAUGAUCAGUUUCGUGGGUGGUUUUCCUCCUCACUGCUUCUCAGCGUCGCCCUAACUGGUCGGGCACCCUUUAAGUAAGGCUCCUCUCUCACUUUUCCCCUCAUCUUUAUAUCUGUUAUUUUUACUACAAAAUUUUAUGAGGUCCAUAACAGUAAACAGUUUUUUUUUCAACUUUUUGCGAUUGGACAAUGCUGACAUGCUUUACCCCUAUAUCCUAUCCCCAUAGGAAUUUAUCGUUCAUUUGUGUGCGCGGGAACCCUGUCACAAACUUCAGAGCUCGCGUAGCCGUGGGUCUUUGUGACCCAAUAUUGUCUGAAUUAAUUCCUGAUCGACCUUGACAGUCACUAGUUGAUGGAAAGGCACUUGCCGUUUAUUACUGCAUCCGUCUAUUACGUCAUCAUCGUCGCCAAGCAAAUAUGUUGGUUAUUUAGGCUGAUCGCUGUCCGCGGCAACAACCCUAUGCAAGGUUGUCUGUCGAUCUUUGAGUGAAAAAAAAGCGUGUUGGCAAAUCAACUUAUGCACGUUGUUAGGCGCGCUUAGAGCGCUGUGUCACCAGAGGUGCAUGAGUUCUAAAGACUACUUGUUUUCCAUCGAAACUGUAGAUGGCACAUCUUUACCGGAGAUCGGUCACAGCAGCCGAAACAACAAACGAUGGUCGCCCUAGCUCUCAAUACCAAAAAGUGUCAAAUACCUGGUCGAACCUGAUCGCAGCACGUAGAUUUAUGGGAGUAAUCUGAUGCUAGUAGCAUAGUUCUGGAAAUGUGUAAUUAGAAGUCAUUGUAACCUUGGUUUAGUGUUGGGCUUACUGGCAUAGCGGGAAUCCGCGGACAUCAGCCUCGGCACCAGUAUGCACGACGACAACCUUGCAUCUAACUCUCUGGAAUUGUGUUGUAUAUUGCUUGGCCCCGAAAAUUAGCUUCAAUCUUUAUGUCUUGUCGCUUCUUGUCACUGUAGAACUUUAGUUGUUCACGGCUUUACAACGGACGCCGAGGGCCGUAAGAUGUCCAAAUCACUGGGCAAUGUUCUGGCUCCUAAGGACCUCCUAAAGCUAGCUGAUAAUUGCUCUGAUGUCCUACGGCGAUGGGCCGCUGCCAGCAGCCUUUCCGCCCACUCGUCUGUCAGCACAGGGGACUUCGUUGCCCACGCUACUUCCUACAAGAAGGUAUUGACGAUUAAAUUUUACUCACUUUUGUUGGCAAUUGGCGUCCCAGACAAUGUUUUUCUACAUUGCAGCUUUUUACCCCGUUUCUGCAUCUUUUUAUCAGCGAUUACUACGUCGAGGCCAAUAAAGUAGUAACCGAGAUUGUGACAUAUGUUUCCCGCAAGUAAAAGGUAACAAGCGCAGAAAUGCGUUAUAUGGACACCCAUAAAACAUAAUCUGCAUUACUUUAUACCCAGCGCCAUGCUGACUCUUAGUAGUUUCGACAGCCAUCUCUCAGUCGUGCCCAGAAAAACACGGCGCAUAUGCGUCGUUUACCGUGUUUAUAAUCAAAUUUUCAGCGAAUGCGUACCCAUGAGUCAUAUGGACCCUUGCAGCCGCUAAAAAAUUUCAAUCUCUUUGAGAUAUUACAAUUUAAAGUACUUGCAAGUGUGUUUAAGUAGUUUGUCGACACUAGGGCCAUGUGGAAACACUGGUUGAUUUUUUGAAGAUGUUGAGUCUCCAACACUAGUUAUUACGAGCCUAUUUUUCUCGUAAACCUUGCGACAGUAGUCAUUCAGGAGAAGUGUUAGGAAAAGUAGUUUUGCUGACAUCCUGGAUUUACUUGUGAAUUUUUGGGCGACUAAUAAUGAUUUGCCCGCGGACAAGCCAGGAGGAAAGUGAGAUCUGCACUCAGAUUUAGUCAGGGAUAGCCCACAAUUCACACACUGAGGACGCGAGCAAAGUUCAGUCAGCUUGCAUUGGGGCUGUGGUAGAGGGCAUCUUGGAAACGGGCAGUGUUUUGUACCUCACCCAGUAAUUUAAGCCAUGAGUAUCGCUGGGGUGUUUUCGUAAGCCUUCGUAAUACGCCUUGAAGUCGGCGUGACAUUUGGCGUUGUCUACUGGCCACGAUACAUCCUUAUGAGUGUGCGGGGAGGCUUGUCGAGGUGCUGCCGACCUUCAGUUAUGCACAUAAAAGCCGGACGAAUAGGGAAUCUUAUUCACUGACAGACCUUUUAUGUUUACCAGCAUGUCCGGCAUGGAUACAAGAUAAGCACUCGCAUGGGAUGCGGUAAAUAAAAUUUCUCUCUUUUUCGGAAUAGUUUCUGUUUCGCGUGGCACCGCCGCCCACAGGGAGACAUAAGUUUUUGUGCUAUGCUGGCAAAUAUCCUCCACUGUAGUGAAGUCAAGAGAGAUUCUUUGUUAACCCUUUUGAACUUAAACACAAGCUUUUCAGUGAGUUCCUCUUGCAGGCCGGCACUUUAUGUAUUGGUCAACAGGUCGAACUUUUUCGUAAGUACGGGUAUUACAGUCUAAUUCGAAAUUCUAACUUGAAAUUUCUUACCGCAUUCUCGCAUGCUUCCCCAUUCCAAAUCCCAAAAGUGCACUUAUUUGAUGAUCGACGGCCUCGAAUUUCUCCCGACUGGUGGGCUUCACCCGCGUACUGUAUGUUUUAAGAUAUGUCCCAUGGAAAUAUUUUAAGAUCCUAGUAAACUUGCACAAUCUAAGCACUUGUUUUUUUUUGAACGUCAGGUAUAGCGGCUGUGCAGUUUUGUGUCCUGAUGUCUACACAGAAGACGUGCCAGUCAUUACUAACUUCCUAUAGGGUUCAACCCAACCGGUUCCAAUGCCCCUGUUAAGAUCAGUCUAAACAUCAAAAUACGGGCUGAAUUGUUUUGUUUCCUCCCACUAUUCUUCCAUCACUGUGCGACCUCGAGUGUCGUUUGGCUCAACGGACGCCUUGCGUUUCACUGUCCAGUAGCCCAUACCAUCAUGGAGCUGCAUAAACUAUUUCUACCACCUUUCCAUACGUCAUCCCCUCCCUUUUCGUAAUUUAUUUACCCAACCUCUGGCCUGAAUCAUGCUUUUUUUCUUCACUAGUUGCGCAACGCAUUUCGCUUUAUGCUUGGGAAUUUACAUGACUUCACUCCAGAUGCUGCCUUCUCCGGAGCAACUGCCGAUGAUCUAUUUCACUUCCUUCUCGACCGCUUCCGUACAAAACCACCUAAGGAUUUCUGCAUCCUCGACGACAUGGCCCUUUGCUUAGUUGGCACUUUCGUGGACGCGUUAUUCAAUUCCUUGUUUCCCAAUUUCAAGUUUGAUACCAUCAUCGCAGAGUCGGAUCGAUUAGUUUCAAGGCUUUCUGCAACGUACUUCAAUUCGGUGAAAGAUAGGUGCGCUUUUGUGUUUAUUGAAUAAUAUUGCGCACCCGGGUACUCAGUCAUACUGUUUUUAUUAUUAUCCCCUGCCUAAAACACCAUGGUUAUUACCUCUGCGUCCAUUGGUGGUCUAUCUCUCAUUUCUCUCAGUCAACUGUCAUGUUUUCUUUCCCUUUUCAACUAACCAUAACCUGAGCAACAAAGGAAUUGUUCGUUUUCGGGUGAACCAGUUGGUUUUCAUGGGAGGUAGUUUUAGCCUUCAGUGCGGCACAGAGGAAGGGAGUGGCGUUCACUAAUCCAUCAUGAUUGCGGGGCGGAAGUGGACAUUUCUGUUAUCCCGCCAGAAUGUGCGCUGAUAGCCCAGGUUGGAGGGUGUUGGACCGAGGUUAAAUUCUUAGACACCCUGUCCUAGGCAGCUAAUCAGCCUUGUGUUGUCAUUGCGGGGUUCGUCGUCCCUUUCGGCCACGCCUCCCUCUCUGUAUUCCCUCACGCGAUUUAUCCACUGUCGAAAUCCGACAACCUGGCUGAAAUGACUGCUCCGUAACUUGACCUUUGUGGUACCUCUCACAGAUGUAACAUCCGCGUCUGCCAAGCCUGACUGAUGUGGUUUGAUGUACUACCACGCUCGGCACGCGUAAGUAAACGGGGCUGCCCAGUCGGCCAUAGCAUCCACGCCUACCUCCGGUUGCUUAGACCCUGGCCAUUAGAACUAGUUUAAUGCGGAAAGAGUGGCUGAGAUUGACACUGCACAAGUCUCCGUGCUGCUCUAAAUCAAUCCACCACCUGCCCCUAUGCAGUACUGAUUUUAGUUGAGUCUGGCAGACAAACAUGGGGCUUAUUCUGCAAUUAUUUUCCUUGCAAACAGCCUGUACUGUGACUCCGCCAAGAGUUCGCGACGCCAACUUGUUCAAACUGUUCUGUGGCUGCUCGUGGAAUCCUUGAAGAUCUCUCUGGCGCCGAUCUUUCCCACUUUGGCGGAUGAGGUUGAACUUAGCCAGAAAUCCUUGUCUUGCGCAGCCCGGCUCUUUCCUAGCUAUGAGACCGACCUUUUGCACAGAAUCAGUUGUUCGCGGUCGAAUGGACUCUCGCAAGCAGUCGAGCAGUUAAGUGCUUUGAGUAGCUGGGCGUCCCGAGGCACUGAAGUAUUGGAUGCUGUGUCAAUCGCCAACCAUCUGCGUCACGAACUCUGCGCACGCCAGCGUCCGGUCGAGUCCGAGCGGCCGCUCUGGCCUGGACCUGCUGCUAGCCCCCUCUCCAGGCUUCACAUUUCAAUGCAGGUUCAUCCUGACGACCCGGCAUUGAAAGCUUUGCAGGUUCGCUUAUUUUAUAGUAAAUUUUUUUGUUUGCUGCAAUUGUAAUACAUUUUUUCAUCAUAUCGUCCCCACCAUGACGAGAGAUAAAAGUACUUAACGGUGAUACGAGAGUGAUGUUUCACCAUGGGUUUACCUUGCAGAGCGUGCUUUUACAAGAGGUGCGUUUUUCAACUCUGUAUAGAUGCUGUUACCUCAGCCUAUUUGCUGAGGUCCGAUUGCGAUAGACGUCUUUUAUCGUACUAGGCGUGUACUUCUCGAGCUAUCACGGGUUACCCGCGUGUUGUUUGAUUUUCGUUUUUUCCCUGUCCCAAUCCCUCCUCGUGUCUCAUACCCUGAAUGUUCGUAAGUUUUGGGCAACCAUAGGUUGUAGGACCUCGAAAAUAAACCAAUAACCAAUGGACCGUGUUUUACGCAGAUGGUGGUGGUGGUGGUGGUGGUGAGAGGGGUUUUACAGGUGGGUCAGUAGGCGCGCGGGAUGGACAGUCGAAGUCAAGGAAAGGCAGGAAAUAUCUACAUUGCCAUCCUAAAACUUUACAUGCGCCACCGCUUAGCAACAAGAGGUUAGCGCGGCAACUAAAAAUAAACAAAGAGUAAGUUUUUGAAAAUGAUGGAGUUUGAAUAAGCUGCCGACGGUAAGUUUACACCCACUCAGGGAGCCAAGGUGAUUCCAGCCAAUGGGAACGACGUACGACAUUUAAUUUUUCAACCCCCAUUGCUUUUUAGUAUACGCGUUUGACUUAUCAGUAAACGAUAGCGAACCCUAAUCAGCCAAUCUCUGAAUGCAACACGAAGCUGGUGUAGUGUAAGUCCUCUCAAUUACCGUUUUACCCCAUUAAUGUUACCUGAUGAAAAGUGUAGACAGAUGUUUAAGACGUAAAGUUACGGAAGCAUGAACUGUGUAGUGGUAGCUGGCAAUGUAUACAUGCAGCUAUUGAAAAAUCAAAAUUAACUACGUGAAGACGCAGUGCAAAUAUGCAAUAGGUAUUGGAGAAGGGUAUUUUUGAGUAAUUAUUCCCAUAAAAUUACAGAUCAUUAGCCGCAGCAAACAGGGAAACUAAACUGCACCCUUGCCGAGGUGCAAAAACUGAACUGGAAAUUAUUAAUUCAGAGCAGAUUGUGCAGUACCUCAGGCCAAGCGAUUACUGCCAACUGUGCUAACCUUCCAAUGCAGACACGAAAUGCGGCUGCAAGUCCGGAAGCACAGCAAGGAUGGCUCUGCGUUCGGGUGUGCACGAUGCAGAGAGAGGAAAGCACUCAGAAUUGGCUCGGUGUUUAAGAGGAGCCGGUUGGGAAUGGGAACAAUUAUGAAGCUUUGGCUGGCACUUUUGCGGCGACUAAGUUCGAAGAGAAUGUUGCAGUGUGCCACACGACGGCUGUCGAAUGGUAUGGAAUUUGUCGGAACGUCUGCUCCGCGGCCCUCAUAAGGAAAACCGGUCAUGUUGAAGAUACCGAAGUGGAAGUGCAAGUUGAAGAAGCGCUCAUUAGCCGUCAAAAGUACAACGCCGUCGUGCCCAAAGUAACUGAAUGUUAACAUGAACAGUUUCUCGCCGCACUGUGAAUGAAUGUAUAUAUAGUCCGUUCGAGCCAACUGCCUUCUCAUACCUUUGACUUACGUCACGGUUGCAUAAAUGCCCCGUGCGGGGAAGUGUCUGCACCCGCCACUGUACAUUAAGGUGGCCGGAAAAGUACGAUCGCUUCUUGACUUUUAGCUUAAUUCAAGUCAAGUAAAUGCGGAGUGCGGGGUAGUAUCCACACCCGCCUCGCUACUGGUAGGGAACAAAAGUAUUACGGUCGCUUCUCAACUGCCUGAACCUAGGUCACAGUAGAUAAUGGCAAGGUAAAGAGUAUCGCCUGUGAGGGGGAACGUAAGCAAUACUAUCGUAUCUGAACUCUCUGAGCUAAGGGGAUGAAAAGUAAUGAUAAAUAGAGUCGCGACGGGCAACCCAAGCACUACGACCCUUUUAGCCGUCUUCUGGUUCACUCCCACGGCGCAGCUCUUUUCCGUGAGCUGUGUCACCCCUGGAAUACUAUUUCUUUUUAGGUGAUGUGCAGUAAUUUGCUUUGCCACAGUGCUUUUUUCCUCUGUGCCGAGCUUUCGUUAGUGCAGUCAUAUCAUACUGUUUCGAGAUUAUCGUUUCCGCUCAGUUCUAUAAAUUGCAAUAAACCUAAUUUAUCUUGUUUCAAAAGUGGCUUGAAAAGGAAACCAUUGGAGAGACGACUUCAUGCUUGGCAAGCCUGCUUCGCUGUGCCUCUGUCCAGGUUUUGGACUCCCCAACAACUGUCACUGGAAGUACACUAUCAGUAGGAUUGCUUUCUCCGGCUGGCUUCCCUGUGCUUUGUGCUCUUCGAGUUGCUGACUCAUCAACGCAGUGUCCGCGUUGUCACCUCUGUUUGUCUUCGGGCAACGCCUCAUUAUGCCCACGUUGUCAGAAGACCCUCGCAACUCAGCGACUGACCACAUAA